AUGCUGCGGCAUCUCCAAAUCAUCGGGAUCCAUGGAAAUAUGAGCGUGGAAUGGCUUGCAGAAAGCAUAUCGUCCGGAAGGAGUGGGGAGUACCAUCCGAUGCUGAUUCUCCCCCCAAGCGUUCCUUCAGAGGAGGAGCUGUUGCUCACGCGCCUUAGCAGGCGGCCACUUCUUGCCGUGGCAUCGGUGAUUUACGAGAGGAGUCUGCGAGAUGAAUGCGGCUACAGCGGUGCACACCCCUAUUGGGAUUGGACAGUUGACGCGAAGCCUGCACCAGACUGGACAAAAUCGCCGGUAUUCAACCCUGUGGACGGCUUCGGGGGUAAUGGGCCCUUGAUACCCGUCAAUCAGUCGAACCCCUUCGAAGUCCAGGGCGCACCGGCGGUGGUUGCGUUGCUGAUGGCAUGUUUCAACACAUGA